GAGUAUUAAAAGCUAGCUGACUGCGUGUUGUUUUGUCUCGAAGGGGAUCACAUUCUUUGACUCUAGCUACUUCACAAGUUUUUUUUUUAUCCAAUGAAUUUACUCUUGUCGAGCAAGUCCCGAGGCGUUUCGGCGUAGAGACCAUCUGAUUCUGAGACUGAGUGCACUCACAAUUGCGAGAUAUAAUUUCCACUACUGGGCAGCAGAAAUUACUUGUAAAUCUGUUCUGGCAAGGUUUUUCUUUCUACUUCAAGAAGCAUGGCUCUAAAAAGCAGACAGGAUAGCUACGUUGGUUUAAAUGUUGGCGGGAAGAUUUAUCGAACAUCUCACACAACUCUCUUACAUUAUCCAGACAGCUUCUUUUCUGGUUUACUAGACGGCAACAUCCCAUCUGCAAAAGAUGACCAAGGGAAUUACCUCAUUGACCAAGAUGGUAAGAUAUUUCGUCAUGUCCUAAAUUUCUUGAGGUAUGGGAAACUAUUGCUACCAACAGGUUUCGAUGAGUACGACCUGCUGGAAUGCCAAGCCGAUUUUUUUCAGCUCUUAUCGCUCAAGUCAUCCGUGAAGAGAAUAAAAGCGGGAAUAGUGGGACUUGCUUUCUCUGAUGGAAAGGUCUUUGAGACCACAAGAAAAACAUUGAUGAGAGAGAAGAACUCGUAUUUCACCAAGAUGCUCAGUGAGGAAGUUACAGUCUCCAGAGACAAUCAGGGAAAUUACGUCAUUGAUAGGGAUAGCUCUGUGUUCCACCAUGUACUUGGAUAUCUCAAAAAGGGUGCUGUACUUGAUCCAAUCACAGAUGAGGAGCUGGAUGCUCUCGACAGAGAUGCCAAGUAUUUUGAGCUCAAAAUACUUGCAUGUCACCUUGAAAGCAUAUCACGCAUGAAAGAAGACUAUCAUGACUACUUUGAACUUUAUUUCUGUCAGGGUUGCGAAGAACACGCAGCCUAUAUAAGGACAAUUAACAGGGAAACAUGGAUUUGUCCUUGGGAUGGCAAGGAUUACCGGGUGAUCGAUAUGAGAGCUAGAAUAAUCAGUCACAUGUCCGAAAUCAUUCCUGAAGUGAGUUCUGGAAUGGUGGGCAUAAAUGACUUCGGUCUUAACGAGCCUGUUAGUGCACAAGAUGUGAAGAAUUUGUUUGAACGUCAUGCUGAUCCAAAUGACAAAAUUUUUGACAAUCCAGUGACCACGAAAUGCACAAAAGUCUCUAUCACGGAUGACUAUUGUUAGGUCUUUGAUAGGAGGCAUGAUAUUGCAUGUUCUUUUGUCUCAAUGGAGAAGGGUGAGUUACUGACACAUUAUGAGUACUCGUUUACCAGAUUGAUGAGCUUGUAGGUAAACAACAAUGUCACAGAGUACAAUACCAUAUGCCACAUCUCCGUCUCACUGUCAUCGUCAAAGACGAGGGGCCAUUGUGAUCUGGCAGUCUCCUUUGCAAAACUGCAGACACACACAAAUCAUCAGGGGGGCAUUUUCACCACAGAUGGACACAGAGGCAAAAAAAUCAAGUUGAUAUUCAUGUCAAAUGCUUUGUUUUUUAAUAAAACAAGACCUGAAGUUUCUGAGAAAAUUUUUUUUUCCGACUCUGGCAGCCAUUUUUUAUUUCAAAAUGGCUGCCAAAGUAUGGAUACAAAUUAGUGUUGAAAAUAGUAUGUUGAUACAUAUUUUGUUUUGACAGAUUUUUAAAGAACAGGUUUGAUCAUGAUGUUUUCGCCUGUGAUUUAGCUUGCUAUUAUAACACGUUUUAAAAUCCCACAGAAAGAAACACCAGUAAUUCAUUCAUCUGAUAAAAAAACAUUGAUGAAGUAUGUGAUAUGGUAUGUAAUGUCAGUUACCGAAAACAUGAACUUUUUUUUCUCAUUUCCUGGAAAAGAGGAUAUAUUAUAUGAAACUUGGUAGAUUUCCUCUCUAGGUAACACCCCUCCCUUCUACACCAAAAUUAAAGAUUACCAAUUAACAAUGAAGCCAUAGGGUACCAUUAAAUAUAUGUAAUGUCAGUUACCAAGUGGAAAAUGUAAUGUCAGUUUAAUACCGAGAUGUAAUGUCAGUUACCAUGAUAAAAUGUUGGUUACCAAUAUUGAAAUGCAAAUAUGUGGUCAAUUUUAUGGUAAAGAAAUAUUGUAUACUUGUUAUUUAAGUUUUUCACUUUAAAAGUCACACCAGAAUGAGCUUGCUAUUGACUUUUAAAAGGUAUAGUUCACAAGGAAUACUAUAUGAAAUUAUGAAGGAAGUUGCAUUCCCAUCGUGCAAAAAAAAUUACUAUGAAAUUGUUUUGUACAUGCACUUACCAAGUACCUAAUUGUUUGUAUCAGACAAUUUUUUGUUUGGUUUUCGGGGGGGGGUAGGGGGUACUUUUCCCAACCUAUUGCCUAAAUCUGCAACAUUUUUUAAGCUUAACAUUGUGAUGAAGGGGAUUUCCAGGGUCCCUUUUUUAGUUUCUAGGAUUCUUUUGAGCAUUGCCUCGCUAAAAGUAAAUUCCUGGUUUUUAUACCUGUUAGUAGUGUGGAUGUGUGAUACAAUUUUGUAUUUGGUUUACAAGUAGGGCCCAUAGAUGAAAAGUGAAAUUUUUCAAUUCUGAUCAAUGUUGCAUGGAUCUACUAAAACUGUUUUUUUCUUCUAAUGUACAAAUAGUUCAGUUUCAGUUUAGAAGCUGGAGUUUAUUUUUUGUUGACAGCUUAAAAAAGAAAUUAGCAAAGAAAAUGAUUAAACAAAUUAUGAAGAGAAUUGAAAUCCGACAGAUAUGAACAAGCAUUGCUUGCACUGACCAGAAUCAAUAAAACUACAUGGCUGCAUGAGAUUCGGGGGAGGGGUACGUGUAGCCUAGGGGAGGAGACCCUUAUUCAUUUUGCCUUUUUUGAGGGGAGGGGGAGGUUGGAGAAGGAAAAAGUUUAAAAAGUCAAUAUAAAACUGAUGAAUAUAUUAUGGGUGUAUAGUCAGAAAAAUCCAUGUGUACAGUCAAUGCAAUAUUAAAUUACUAUAGGAAACAUGUAGCUGCUAUGACCCACCCCCCCCCCCCCACCCCCGAGUAAGUAAAACAUACAUUUCUUAUCUUUUGAUAAUUAAAAAUGUGAUGUAUUAUAAAACUUUUAUGAUUUUAAAAAGCUUUACAUAUAAGUACCAAGAAAAUUAUGUCAUUGAAAAUCAUAUAGCACUGGUAAAUGUAAAUGUGUAUUGUCAGUUACCGACAAGUACUGAUAAAAAUUUUCAAAUCAAAGAAAGGAAUUGAGAAAAAGAAAAAGUUUUUUCAUUGAAAUGUUCCUAGAAACUCGGGUAUACUUCCACAUCAAGCUCACUUUCAUGUGAAGCCCUGCAUAGAAGAUACAAUGCAAUGAUUCCACGCAUUUGACUUCCAUGUGUUAUCUCUAUGGCAAAUUAAGUGUAAUGUCAGUUACCGUAAUGUCAGUUACCAGCAUGGUUGUGGAAAAAUUAUCAUAGCCCCC